CCGCUCCCCUCUGCCCCCCCAGCUGGUGUCACCUGGGUCUUCCCCCCCACUGGAGGGGGUGCACGGGGUGCUGCAUCAUUGGGGUGGGGGGCUGCGGGCCCCUGGACUCCCCCUGUCAGCUCUGGGGCUGGCUGGGGCUGCAGGCAGGGAGGGGACCGUCCCCACAGCCCCGCUGCAGAAAGGGAAAGGGCCCAUCCUGCUGCCGGGGCACCCCGGGGCGUCAGCCGGCACCUGGGGCAGGGCCAGGUCUCUGCCUGCACCCUGCGUCCUGCUGCCAGCGGAGCGUGGGCGGCCCCGAGACGGGCUGUGGGUGCUUGUGGCCACCUUGAGGUGAUUCCGCCCCUUCUGCUCCGCUUUGGGGAGACCCCACCUGGGAUACUGCCCCCAGCUCCGGGGCACCAACAGCAGAAGGAGACGGAGCUGUUGGAGCAGGGCCGGAGGAGGCCCCGGAGAUGCUGGGAGGGCUGGAGCCCCUCUGCUGUGGGGACAGGCUGAGAGAGCUGGGGGGGUUCAGCCUGGAGAAGAGAAGGCUCCGGGGAGACCUUCCAGCCCCUUCCAGUCCCUAAAGGGGCUCCAGGAAAGCUGGGGAGGGACUCGGGAUCAGGGAGUGUAAUGAUAGGGCAUGAGGUAACAGUUUGAAACUGAAAGAGGGGAGAUUGAGAUGGGAUCUGGGGAAGAAAUUCUUUGCUGUGAGGGCGGUGAGCCCCUGGCCCAGGUUGCCCAGAGAAGCUGUGGCUGCCCCAUCCCUGGAGGGGUUCAAGGCCAGGUUGGACGGGGCUUGGAGCAACCUGGGCUGGUGGGAGUUGUCCCUGCCCAGGGCAGGGGGUGGCACUGGCUGGGCUUUAAGGUCCCUUCCAAUUCGAACCAUUCUGUGAUUCUAUGAUUUCUCCAGGAGCCACAUUUGCCACACAUCCCGAGGGACCGCAGAGGCUCAGCUCCUGCCGUGGGUCCAGAUGCCACGUGCCAGCGUGACUGACAUCCAGCGCCGGCCUCAGCGUCGCCCCUGGGGCCGCCCAAGGCCAGGGCUGCCCGGGUGUUAAUCAUUGCCGAGAGCAGCCGGGCCGACGCAGGUGCGAAAAGCUGUGCCGUUCCCAGGGCUCGUUUCCUUUCAUCGGCCGCGUCCCCCAAGCACUGAAACACUGAGAGCAGGGCGCGAUGGUGGCCCACGGGAUGGGGACAUCGGUGGGCUCUGGAGCAUGGAGUGAGGGCGGCGGGAUGCUCUCAGGGGGAUGGGUGCUAGAAGCUCACUCCCGCCACGCUUUGAGCUUUCUCGAGUCCGUGACCAUAAUGUGCGAGCAAUGGUGGGUCUGGGGGUGGGCGCUUUCCCACGGAGCCAUGGCACCGGCUCUCGCUUUGCCCGUGGAUCCAUCAUGAGGGAGGGCACCUUGGAGAACCCCAGCCCCACGGCUCCCUGCAGCCCGGGGGGAAGGAGAGGAGGGAGGACUGGAAAUCCCCGGCGGGGGACGCGCAGGAGCGCCGUUACUUCGCGUUCACUCGGGCCAAAGGAGCUGCCGAAGGGCAGGUUGACAUCGCCGGCGUGGGACGAUCACCGAGGUCCCCGCGGUGGCACUGCCUGGCAGCGGGGACAUCGCCGUUUUCCUGCCCGGGGCAAGGCGUCGCGGCGCUGCCCCAAUGCCACGAGUUGGGGUGUGAUAGGAGCAGCCACAUCAGCUGAUGGAGACGGCGGCUAUAAAGCUGGCGCCGGCCCCGUGGCGGAGGCAUGAGCGAGCCCACCAUGGCCACCACGCUGGUCCCCUGCCUGCUCCUGGCCCUGCUGGUGCUGGCCCCAGCCCUGCCCGCCCCGGACAAGCGGGGGCUCAUUCUCAACUUGGACAUCGGGGAGCUGUGCCUGCAGAGCGCCCAGUGCAAGAGCGGCUGCUGCCACCGCGGCAGCGGCCUGAGCCUGGCCCGAUGCGCGCCGAAGGCGGCCGAGUUCCAGGAGUGCUCCCCGAAGAGCCUCUACGGCGUCUACUACAAGUGUCCCUGCGAGAGCGGCUUGACCUGCGACGCUGAUAAGACCAUCGUGGGCUCCAUCACCAACAGCGACUUCGGCAUCUGCAAGGACCCCCGGAACGAGUAGUGGUGAAGGAAGAGACCCCCCCAGUGCCCCCCCCAUACCGCCC